UAAAUAUUUAUUUGAUAACAGACUUGAUGUGAUAAUAGAUAAUUGAUAAUCAGUUAUUUGAAUGAAUGAAACAUUUUUCAGUGUAAUGAGUGUGAAUAAUGUGAAAAAAAUAUGAGUUUUGACGGAUAUAUAAUGAAAUGUAAAUUACAGGGAGAUAUAUAUUUUCUGUUGUUAGAAGUUAUUUGUCUAACGUGCAAUAGGGGCAAGCAGGCGUGAGUAGUCACUAAGAGUUUAAUUAAUCCAUCUAUCACGGGCAAGAGAUCAUCUCCGGGAGAGUGCUUUGCGUUAAAUGGGUAUUACCUAGAUCAGUGUAUUUAGGAGCCACUCUUCGGACUUUUCCAAUUUUAUAAAUGAGAGUGGGAAGAAGAAGAAGAAGAACAGCAGCGGCGGAAAACGAGAUUCUGGUAGGAGGGAUUAUUAGCGUUCGAGAGGCGCGAGGGAAAGAUACUUUUAGCCACGCAGCGUUAUACGACGUCGCGGCGCCCGGUAUCAGUAGUCGCGAGGUACCUUGGACCACUUGUACCUUGUCAGUUUUUCAAUGUGCUUCUUCUUUACAUUCACAAUCAAAUCCAUCAACAUUGCGCCGUGCAGUCAAAUUAGUUGUCAAACAAUUUUCAAACAAUUUUUUCUUUUUUUAUAUUCUCGGCUACAUCAAAUCUAUAUUCCCGAAAUCUCAAUCUCCUUGCAAUAUAUUUCGAUCAUGUUAUUUAUAAAUAUUUAAAGCUCAACUAGAACUGUGAAUAUUCCAAUCAUUCUUCUUACUGUAUACUUUUAUUUUUUAAUAUUUAUUCUACUUUUCUUCAUGUCUAGAUGCAUUUUUUUCAAUCAGUUUCAUUUCAAAUUUAUCCCUUUUGGCAUUUAUUUUUAUUCAUGUUCAAUGAAAGUCCAAGAUUUAAUAAAUGUAGUAGCUCACUUUUGAUGCCACGGAUAUAAUAAAAGGCAAAAAUGGCGGAACAAUUUAUCGGGAAAAAACGUUUUCGUCGAAACAGUGGUGAUUCUUAUUCAAGUGGAUUUACGCGAGGGAAACGUUCAAACUCGAAGGAUCGAUCUAAACGGACAAAUAAACCGGUCAAGGAGCGGUGGCUACUCACAAGGAAGACAUGGCGCUACAUGGCGGAUGCCAGUCGAAGAUUAAUUCCCGAAGGAAGUUACCAUCGGUCUGAUAACAUACCAAAAAUAGAGCAGUACUUUCAGGAAGUUUGCCAAAAGGAACCAAAAUUUCUACUGUGGAGAAAAUCCUCAUAUCCUGGAGCUCAAGGAUUCAGAACACACUACAAGAGAAGACUGAUAAAAGGUGGAAGUGUUCGACUCAAAGCAAGUUCUGCAGAUGAGAUUGACACUCUACGAUCUAGUCAACUGAAAGAUAAAUUAAAAAAAGAAUGGAGUUUACCACCUGAUGAAUGCUUCUCGAUUUUAUCAAAGGGACCACAACAGACAGUGUCACAGGAGGAUGAGGAAUCUAAAGCCCUGGCUGAUAUGCUACAAAAGUACUUGAAUCUUAGGGAAGCAUCAACUGAGACAAGAUCUUCUACCCAAUCGAACAUUUCGACAGAUUCCGAGGAGAAGAAAAAACCCCUCGAUUAUCAGAGCCUAACAGGAAAGUUGCAGCAAUAUUUGGAUGAAAUCAUGACUGAACCACAAGGGGAAAGUUCGAGUACUAAUUACGCCCUGAGUAGAAGUGCCCCUAGGACUACCGUUCCCUACCAAAGUGACUAUGUCCACAAGUCUCUGCUAGAAACCCUCAAUCGUUAUUACAACAAGUCUUCAAAUCGGGAGCACAUUAUAUCCAAUAUCCUAACGGACAGAAAGCUGCUAGAAAAGUUGUACUUCGAUCUAAGGUGUACCAGAGGAUUCAAAAGACCUCGCGGAACAGGUGUUUACAGUCCCUCCUCUACUAAUUGGUGGAACAGUUCCCAAUACAAACCGACCUCUCAGGCAGAUAAAUGGACCAAAGAUUUAGGAGGCAGAUCUUCAUCUCCCCUCCCUCGGAUAUCAGUGCAAUCCAGCAGAGUGACAUCUGAAAAGUUUAUUCAAACAGAUCCGGUUUCUUGGGAAGUGUUAGAGAAUCUCAUUCGGGAGCGAGAUGCCGAGGAAGUUAGAAAGGACCCGCGAAAACCAACCGAGUCCCGAAGAAGUAGUGUCGAUAACGACGAUGUUUCCCCAUCGGUGAGUGACACAAUCAAGAGAUAUCUUAGAAUGGCGAGAAAGAAGUCAGUGGACGUUACGAAAACGGACAGGUUCAAAAGAGUCAACUACGACCGAAAUUUAAGGUACAUUAAGGCGAAAGGUGAAAUCGGAAUGCCUGGCGAUGACGAUGAGAAUAACAAAGGCUGCCAGACGGAAGAGAAUUGGAUUACAAGCGUCAGGGAAUUGAUUACUGAAAGUGGUGAAAAUUGUCCUUACGCAGAGUCGACAACCUCACCUGAUAGCAGAAAUCCCAGCUCUAGAAGUAGUAUUGACGCGGGUCUCAGUUCUGAAGAAGUAUCUUCUCCCAAACACCAGCAAUCGUUUUUAUUUAAUUUUCUACAUAAAGAUAAGUCUCAUUCGGUUCCAAGUUCCUCAUCACUCCUCUCAUCGACUUCGUCAAAUGGCUCAUCAAUGCAGAAGAGCAAGUCAUCCAGUAGUAUUAUUCACCAUGGUAAUAAAUUGAUGUCGAAAAAAAUUUGGCCCUCUAGGAGUAAAAGCUCAUCGAGAAUUCAUAAUCAGCCAUCCGUAUGGACUCCUCAGGGAAAGUGUACUUGGGCUGGCGCAUCAGGUCGUCGUGUAACUUUAGUAGACACACAUCUCAGUGACUUAUCAGACAUCGAAAGGAAAAUUCUCUGUCGUGUUGCUGUGGCGAAACUGCAGGCCUUAAAUCUUGGUGUUCACAUCAAACCUCCAACAGAAACUCCAACUCGAAGUUCAACCCCGAUGAGGCCAAAGAGAAGGGUGAAUUUAUUAAAGAAAAAAAGUCUUAAAAGUAGUCUCUUCGACAAGUCGAAAGAAGAAAAAGAAUCAAGAGGAGGUCUCGUUUUUGGAAUUUCUCUUUCACAAUGUUUGGAAAACGACAGAUUAGCAAAAAUUAAUUCUGAAAAAUCAGCCAUUUCUGGAUGUUUAAAUAAACCAGACAGGUACGGCAGCAGGGUUAGUUUCACAAGUAUAGCAGAAGCUUCUAAUGCAGCAUCUGAAAAAUCUGAAGAAGAAGGAUCUUGUGAAUCUCUGAUGGAAUCGAGUGAUAGUGGGGUUGAUGGAACGUUAAUUGACGAUUUAGAUGUCGUACCUGUCAUAGUUCGUCAAUGCAUCACUCAUUUGGAAAAAGUAGGUCUUCAUACACUUGGCCUAUUUCGGGUUUCAUCUUCCAAAAAAAGAGUUCGAGAGUUGCAAGAAGAAUUUGACAGUGGUCGAGAAACAAAAAUUGGAUUAGAUCAGUGCCCUCAUGACGUGGCUGCUCUUCUGAAGGAGUAUUUUCGUGACCUACCCGAUCCUCUUCUUUGUCGAGACCUAUAUCAAGCAUUCGUUCAUACACAGAAAAUUCGAAAUAGGCGUCUGCAACAAGAGGCCCUUCAACAUCUUAUUCAAUUGCUUCCAACGCCAAAUCGUGAAACUCUUUGGAUAUUACUCAAUUUUUUAAAUCGAGUCGCUCUACAUAGUGAAAAUCAGAUGAAUGAAACAGGAGAAUGUAUAUUGGGUAACAAAAUGGAUGUAGUUAACCUUGCAACUGUAAGCACAAAUGUUACAAUUUUUGCUCCCAACAUUUUGCACUGCGUGAAGCCCGGUCAAGCAAGGUCGGAAGUUUUUGUUGAGAGAGCAGAAGAAAGAAUAGAUGUCAUCAAUGUUGUACGUUCCUUAUUGGAAAACACGUCGACGGUUUUCACAGUGCCAGCCGCUCUUCUAGAUGAAUUAUAUUUACAUAUGAUGGACAGCAAUACAAUGGAAUUGGAUAUCGUCUUAGCACUCCGAUUCGAAAUACAAUCCGUCGACGAAGACUUGUAUCCUUCCAGUGAAGCCGAAACCUCAGCGGAAAAUUCGCCGAGAAUGCCCAAACUUGGCUUGAAGGAACAAUGUCAGAAAGUUGUGGGAGAUACGGGAUUAAAUUCACGUCGACUGAAGAAACUUGACAAUCAAAGUGUAGGAGGAAGGAGAACCAGUGUUGACAGCCUAUCGAGCGAAGACAUUGCGGACGUAAAGAAGCAAUCACCGCAAACGGUUAUAACAGCUAGUCUCACAAUACCCAUGUCUAGUGCGUUGAACUUGAGUAUCAACAAUCUGGAUAUUCCUUAUGUCGAAGAAGCACAUCCCAAAGAUGAACAACCGAAAGUACAGAGGCAAACUUUAAUUUAAUUUUUAAAACAGAGAAUUCUACUUGACGUUAAAUAAUUUUUUAAGUCAGUCUAUAUUAAAAAUAAAUGAAACAAAUUAUAUUUUUAUGCUAAUAUAUAAAAUGGUGUUCUAUUUAUUUUAUUAGAAAUCCUAUAAUAACACAGUGUUACAUAAAAUGAAAAAGUAAAAUUAUUUUAAAUCUGAUCUAUCAUAACUUGUUCGUCUCGAAAAACUAAAAAUGCUAUUUAUCAAAUCACUAAAACACACUAA